AUGGGUUGCGGAGCCAGCAAAGCCACAAUACUUUCAGAGGCCCCAGUCUCCUCGAAUCCUGAUGAGUUCUUUGCAUACCAAGGGACUGGGCCCUGGCACGCCUGCCGCGCAGACAGCGUGAUCCCACCACGGCUCGCCAAGAGUGGAGCGGCAAGCAAGAACCAAUGUCCGCCAGCGACGUUGCAAGAGCUCUUGAAGAAGGCAGCUGAGGAGAAGGGGGACAAGCCAGCCAUGAAGGUGGAGCGACCACUACCUGCUCUACUUUCUGAUGGAUCCGCCCCACCGGUGCUGGAAGAUGGGCAGUGGAAGGUUUGGACUUACAAGCAGUAUUAUGACGAGUCCAGAAAGGCUGCCCGCAGCUUCGUGAAGCUGGGCUUCGAGGCUUUUGACACCCUGGCCAUCUGGGGCUUCAAUGCUCCCGAGUGGAUGCUCAGCGCCUUGGCCGCUGGCUUUGCAGGAGGUAAAGUCGGUGGCCUUUAUCCGACAGAUACACCAGAGACCGCAGCCUUCAAGAUUGUCCACAGUGGCGCGAGCAUUGUUGUCUUUGAAGACCAGUCCAAAUUGGACAGACUGCUCCCAGCCCUCACGCAGCGCCUGGAAGGUCUGGCCGAGACAUCCAACGAAACGAAGCAAGGGGACCUGAUGCAGAGUGCUGAUGGACCCUCGCGAAUCAAAGCCUUCGUGGCCUACGGAUUCGAUCCAGGGAACUACACAGUCAAGCUGAAAGGAAGUUCCAUACCGGUGCUCGGUUGGUCAAGCCUUCUGGCAAUGGCAGACUCCGUCGAAGAAGACGUGAUCGAAACUCGUCUCAAGGCUGUGGAGCCCGGUCAUUGUGCAGUCUUGGUCUACACCUCCGGAACGACGGGGGAGCCGAAGGCGGUCAUGCUAUCACAUGACUGCAUGGUCUUCGAGACACGAACAGUACUCGGUAUGGCCAGAGCACACAUGGGCUUGUGCGCAAAGGCCGAACAGGAGAGGGUCUUAUCUUAUCUCCCACUCUCGCAUGUCGCCGGUAAGAUGGUCGACAUUUGCUUCCCUUUUAUGGCCACGGCAACGACACCGGCAUGGGUGACGACGUAUUUUGCCAGGCCAUACGACCUCAAAGCCGGGUCUCUGGGAGAUAGGCUUCGUGCAGCCAGACCCACGAUUUUCCUUGGCGUGCCCUUGGUGUGGGAGAAGGUCGCGGACAAGCUCCGUGCCAUAGGUGCCACCACGAAGGGUCUCAAGAAGAAGAUUGCAACCUGGGCCAAGGAAAAGGGCAUGGCAAACUCCAAGGCCUGUCUUCUUGGCGGAGACGGCGUGGCACCUUUCGCUUACGGAGUUGCUGACAAGGUCGUCCUGAAGAAGAUCAAGGAGAAGCUCGGGUUGGACUGCUUGAAGUUCGGCGCUACCGGGGCGGCUCCCAUCCGCGUCGACACUUUGCAGUACUUCGGGUCUUUGGGGAUCACCAUCAACGAAGUCUACGGAAUGUCGGAAUCCUGCGCUGCUUGCACCGUCUCAACAGAUAGAGCCCACGUGUGGGGCUCCUGCGGGUUCCAGCUUCCUGGAGUUGAGGUCAAGGCUUUCAAGGUCGACCCGACAGACGUGAACAAGAAGGAAGAGUGUCCGAGAGCCCCGAGCAUGGAUGCGGCGGAGGACACGUACCAGGGCGAGCUUUGCUUCCGUGGCCGCAGCAUCAUGAUGGGUUACCUUGCGCAGCCGGAUCUGGGGAUCGAGCAUGUGCGGGAGAUUGAGAAGAAGACGGCUGAGACUAUCGACCGAGAAGGAUGGCUGCAUUCGGGGGACAAGGGCAUGAUCACCAAAGCAGGGAUGGUGAAGAUCACCGGCCGCUACAAGGAGAUCAUCAUCGGCGCGGGAGGUGAGAACAUUGCCCCGGUGCCGAUUGAGGACCACAUCAAAGGCCAUUGCGAUGGCAUCAACGAGGUAAUGAUGAUUGGCGACAAGCGCAAGUACAAUGUUGCACUGGUGACUUUGAAGGCUGUAGGCGCCAAUGGAGAGACUCCAGGGACCGACGACUUAGAUGCAGGGGCCCGAAGAGUGAAUCCGAGUGUCACGAAGAUCAGCGAGGCGAUCAAAGAUGCUACCUGGAUCGAGGCUGUUUCCGCGGCGCUCAAGAGUGCCAAUGGAAACGGCAAGGUCUGUCCCAACAACGCCUUCAAGAUCCAAAAGUUCAUGAUCUUGCCCAGAAACUUUUCAGAGGAGCAGGGCUUCCUUACGCCCACGAAGAAGUUGAAAAGAGCCAUCGUGGAGAAUGCUUUCAAGAAGCAGAUCGAAAUGAUGUACAACUCAAGUGAGAUGUACGUGCAGUACGACGAGUAA